AUGCAUACGUCCGUCACAGACGCUACGUCAGUUGCGUACAACAAUGCUUCCAUCAUGAGCCAGCACACUGAAGCUUCAGCACGUCGCCAAUCAUGGACACUGGAAGUUUCACCCCAGAAGAGGAAUCAAAUUUGGGAACAACGUAAACUCUUUAUGAGGGACAUGCUUGUCAGUGCUACGGAUUCUCCUUGUAAAGUGACUGUACUGCGACGAAGCAGCAGUGACCGAGCUGUAACAAAAGAUAGUACAAACCGCUCCUUAACUAAGAAUUAA